UAUUAUGUAAUUUAUGCAAAAGGGAAUGCUAUGCACAAAAAAUUGUGGUUAAAACUUCGUCGAGCUUGCAUUACAAGUUGUGUCUUUCGAAAAUGACUGACUUUUCUUCCUUUUCUACUUUUACGAGGGUAAUCAAUAAAGUAUUAAAUUUUGUAAAAUGUACUAUUAGAACCAGUUUUGUGAUACUCAACAAUAUUUAUUGUAUACCAACAUAUGUAGUAUGGAUGACAUUAUUGUUCCCUGUAAAAGUUUAUCAACCACAAGUAUAUUGGAGAAUCGAAGGAUUAUUUUUCCAUUGGCUAUUAGCAAUGGUAUCUACGUGGACUUGGUCUGCAGGUUAUGAUAUAAUAGAACAAGGUGAUGAUAUACAAGAAAUUAUUAGUGAAAGAACAUUAGUAAUAGCAAAUCAUCAAAGUACUGGUGAUGUUCCUAUACUCAUGACAACAUUUAAUGCUAAGCCAAAUGUAUUACCUAAUCUAAUGUGGAUUAUGGAUAGGAUUUUUAAAUUUACUAACUUUGGUAUAGUUUCUAUUUUACACCAGGACUUCUUCAUUGUAUCUGGUCGAAAACAAAGGGAAGGGAGUUUAAAAAAGCUAGAAAAGCAUUUAAAAGAAACAUAUAUUCCAUUGAACAGAAAAUGGAUGGUUCUCUUCCCAGAAGGAGGUUUUUUAUGUAAAAGACGAGAGACAUCACAAAAAUAUGCUAAAAAGAAUAAUUUGCCAAUUCUUGAAAAUGUAACGUUACCGCGGGUAGGAGCAAUGCAAACUAUAUUUGAUACGAUUGGUCCAUCACUAGAAAAUAAUACAGCAGAACAACAAUUGAACAGUAGGCCAAAUAUGACGGCAGCUAAACCACAAAUCAAUUGGAUUCUAGAUAUAACGAUAGCAUAUCCUCAAGGUAAACCACUUGACUUACCAACAAUUAUAACUGGUUCACGACCACCAUGUGAAACAGUAUUAUUUUACCGAGUUUUUCCUAGCUCAGUGGUCCCACGAGAACCCGAAUUAUUGUCUAAAUGGUUAUAUGAUAGAUGGGUUGAAAAAGAAUCACUUUUGGAAAACUUUUACAAGUAUGGAUCAUUUCUUGGCACUCAAGCACCUGUCAAUGAAGGUUCUAAAAUCCAUCAGGAUCCAUUGAGAUUCCUAGUCCUUCAUUUAUUUUUUAUAACAUCUAGUUAUAUACAUUAUAAUAUGUUUACGUAUGUACUAUCUUGCUUCUGGUAAAGCGUUUUAUACUAUACAAGAAAUUACGUUCAAAUAUGUAAGUAAAAUUAAAUUGUAGUAAAGUAAAAAUAUUCCUGCCUCAAAUAUUAUUCUUGAUGUUGACUAACAAAACUAACGGAUGUAUGGAUUGUCAAUUUCAAAUGAAUGUUUAUAAUCUAAUUAUGCCAUAGGUAGUGAAUUGCAAGUACCCGUUUCGUUACCAUUCAGAUUUAAUCGUCAUUAUUUGCCUAUUUUUUUGAUGGUACGAAUAUAAUUUCAAGUAUGCUUCAUAUUACAAUAAGUUAUCAACAACUUUAUGGAGGACUGGGAUCUCCAAAAAUAUUAAUUUGAGACACUUAUUUGCUGCUAUUUUUUCAUAUUGACUUCACAACAAUAACUUACAGUUCGCGGUAUAGUAUAAAACGCUUAUAUUUGGUAAACAAAAUUAAUAAUAACAUUUCGUUAAUAAGUUUAUUUUACUUGGAUAACUAGUAAUUCAAGAUAAUAUCAGUCUAUCUUAUUAAGUAUCGACGCUUAAAUUUCUGGAUAUAUAAAGCUUCAUAAUAUUUUGCAUGAAAUACUAUUACGUUUUAAAAACGUAAGUUUUUUUUUAUAAUAAAUUCACGAUAAAAUUACACUUCAAUAUUCAUAUUACUUAUAUAAAAGAAUAAUUUAAUGUUUGUUGAUUCAAUUACAAUAUCUAAUGCUACUAGUUGCAUGAUAGUUUUAAAACAUUCUCUAUUGAUAUAAAUGUUAUCUUUUUAUUUGUUCAUUUAUUAUAAAUUGCAAAAAUGUAUCUAUAUUUGAUUAUUUGUCUGGAGGACUUGGCAGCAUUUCAGGCGAUUUUCAUAGUAUCCUGCACGUAUGUUUUGUAAUACGAUAUCUUAAAUAUUAUCUUGAAAUGGAAUUGCGAAAUGUAAUAGUAAAUUAUUACUGCUGUUUUGAAGCAGUGAUAGUAAAUACCAUUUCAAAGAAUAUCCAUUUAUUUGUGAUACAUAAUAAGAAAAAAGUAUUUUUCAAUGCGAAGUCAAUCAUAUAAACAUAAUUUUUUAAAUUACAUACUAGAAAACUUAUAUAAGUUCAUAAUUCUAUGAAGAAGUAGAUGUGAAAUUUGACGUAAAUUGUUUUGAAACUUGGCAGAAAUAAAAAUAAAAUAAUAUCUUUGGAAAUCUGUCAAAAUAAUUAAGGUGUGUACUUUAUUGUUAAACUUCAACCAAUAAUAACACUGUUCCGUGAAAGAAGACGAUACGUCAGCCGUGCCUUGUUCCUACGGACAAACCUCAGUGUUAAUUGUAUAUACGCAUAUGCAAAUCUCAUGCAUAAUUUUCAUAGUCAAACCAACGCCUACAAUUAGUUCUUAAGAUAUUCAUAUUACAUCACCUUAUAAAGGAGAAACUCAUAUUUGCAUGUAUGUAGAAAUAAUAGAGUUAUUAAAGACAGGUUUUCAAUGCUGCCUAAUUGGUUAUUGUAAAAUAAACGUAUAGUCCAAAUCGAAAGCAAUUUCUAGACUGAUGGAUCAAAGAAGUAAUUAGCCAAUGCACACAUGAAAUAAAUAUUCCUUGAUAUGGAAUAGCUGUAGUAGUUAAAUUUUGGUUAUGAUUAUUAUUAAUGGGUAAUUUUUAAAAUGUAACAAAUUCAAUAAGAUCAAUGUUGAUAUCAACUGAUAGACGUAGAUAUUAUUUAUGUAUAAAAGAUUAAGUUUUUAUAAUAUACGAUUACGCGUAUUAAAACACGGAAAUCUUGAAUACAUAAAUUUAUAUGAAAGAACACUGUGUUAUUAAAAUAUAUUAUUAUUCCUGACAUCUUUUGCAUUUGAUUGCAUUUAAUAUAAAAUAUAUAGACACAAACUAUCUUCAAGUAUCUUACAGGCAGUAUCAUGAUAGGAAAAAAUGAUCAAAUCAAAAGAAUUUAGAUUUGCGAAUUCACUGAUUUCUUGUAUCCUAUUUAUGUCAUAAACGCAUUUUUACUUGAUAAGAUGAUAAAACACUGAUAUUGUUUUAUUUAAGAGAAUACUUUAAACCAUGAUGAAAUCUCUAGUCUUGGUAGCAAAUUUUAGAAACGAUAAAACGAGGUUCUGAAUAUGUCACCAAUUGUACUAUAAGGGAUUAUUAAAUUUAUGAAAAUAAUUUAUGUUUUUGCAUUACGAAAACUGCAGUACGUCGUUUAAAGUUACUCAAUUAAAAGAAAUAAAAUUAACUAUAUUGCUAAUAAAAAAAAAAGGUUACAAAAUAUACAUUAAGAUUCUGCUAAUACUUAAUUGUAAUGUAAAAAUAGCAUAAAUAAGUUCUUAUUUAUGUUUAAGAAUAUAGAAAGGAAACAAAACAAAAUGUAACAUAAUGCUAAUUGCAUAAUAACGUAUUUACUCCAUUAUAAGGGCCAAUAUUUUCGAGAUAUUUAGCCACAUUAGAUUUAAAAUAAAACAUAUAGUACAAUAAAAAUUAAAAUGUCAAGAUUCAUUAAUAAUACAAAAUGCUGUAAUUAAAAACAAUGUUGUAUUUAUUACAAAAUAUAUUUAUAACUCUAUGGUUAUUACAUUAAGCAUUUAUUUCUGUGCUGUGUGUGAAUUACAAAGCAUAUUGUUGAAACCUAUCACAUUUUAUACAGCGCACUCUCUAACAAAAUAUCAGUAUAGAGAAGAAAACUAAAUAAUGAAAAAGUGGUUGUGUUUGCUUGUGCUUUAAUUUCUUUACUCUUAGUGCUUUCAUAAAAGUAUUUCUAUAAGAGACAUUUAUAUGUAUUAUAUUUCAAACAAAGUUUUGUUAUUAUUACAAUAUCAAAGCGUGUUUUACAUAUUAUUACCUUAUAUUCUUUUUUAAAGAUAUAUAUAAGUGGCAUUUAAGAUUUGUAAUGUUAUAGAUAAAAUAAAAAUAUCGAAGUUCAAGACUUUACAUAUAUACUGAUAUUUGCAACAUUAGUGUCCUGUAUGAAAGGUGUUUAGAAGCUUUGAUUUUAUACUUGUACAUUGCAUACGGUUUUUUAAAAAGUAUAAACAUAUAGCUAAAAAAGUGUUUAACUAUUUUUUCAGAAGAAAGUCAUUGUAACAAUGAAUUUUUAAUAUCCGCGAAGGAGAUGUGUAACGCUCAAAAAAUGAUAGGUCAUUUCUGUGCAAUGCACGUGGCAAACAUAUUACACUUCAUAUUUGUAUCAUAAAAAUGUUUACACAAUUUGCCGUGUUUUUGACUGCAUCUUAGGUAUGACUGCAUAUUGAUAUUCAUAAAUAUUAUAUAAAAACAAAUGUAAAAAAGAUGUAACUUAGCGUAAGUCCCCGAAAUUUUACAAGAAAAUACCUUGCUUGUAUUCUUUUCUUAUAAGAACUUUAAUAAAAUUGUUUUUAAAUUA